CAAUUAGUGUUGCCCAAAUGCAAGAACAAGACGAGACUUAGCCAGUCUUGGUCUUGGUCUUGCGCCACUACACCUGGUCUUGGUCUUGGUCUUGCGCUCCUAGUCUGGGUCUUGGUCUUGGUCUUGCAGCAAGAGUCUUGCAAGUCUUGCAAUUACCUAUUAGACUAUUGCUAUUUAUUAAAGUUUACUUUAGAUCUUAGAAAAACGUAUUAGAAUUGUAACAUUGUAUGCUUGAAUUAACAUAGCCAUAGUAAAGACCAAUCAGAUUAAUAAAUGUCUGAAGAUUUGAUAAGAAAUUCGAAAAAUCAACUGCCACAUGAUUAUCAACUGAGCUAUAUGCCGUUCUCCAUGGGAGUAACUUUUUCUUAAUAAACAUUUACACUUUAUAAGCUUACAUGUGCUAAAACAUGUAAAAAACAAAUUAAUUACAAUAACUUGACUGUAUUUUAAAGAACAAUAUCUGUCUAGAAAGAGAUUGAACCCUCAACUUAUAUGAAAUUUAAUAAAAGAGUUUUACGAUUUAUCAUUUCAAUAAAAAAUAAAACACAACGCAAAUCAAAUAACAUAACAGUACACAACAGCUUUGUCAUUAGGUUCUGUAACUUUAUAUCAAUUCUUUUGACUAAGAAUUAAUACAAAUUAACCAUCUGGCUGACUCAUCACUUAACCUAUUUCUAUGUUUUAUAAUGUAUUAGCAUUAGUGGGACGGCACGACACAAAAUUUUAAUUUUGCAUGAGUAUACCUAGGCCCUGUGGCGGCAAUCAAAUAGUAGUGUCAAAUGUUGUGAUUUCGGCGCGGCGACAACGAUUGUUUUAUGUGAUUUCAAUAGAAGCCGCCGGCGCGUGUAUCAUCACCACGUUGUACUUCCGAAAAGCGGCAAAUUUCUUUGAGAAGUCAGUAUAAAACCAUUGAUGCCGCAUUAUCAAAGUGCCGAUGGUUAAAACAAAACUAUGCAUGCACUCUGUUUGAUUUUAAUGGAUAUUUUUUUAUUCGCUAUGUAUGUUUAUGGUAUUGGUCGUAAUGCGCAUAGGUCCAGUUUUUCAUAUUCUUUGAUACAGUUUUUUGGGUCUCAUAGAAUUCCUAAGCUUACCUAUACACCGAACUGUUAUACCUAACUACUCCGUGAAAUAGCGCAAGUCCUAGCUGCAAGACGCAAGAGUCUUGCCGGAUUAGUCUUGUUCUUGCUCAAGUCUUGCACGGUCAGUCUUGGUCUUGGUCUUGCUAAAAAUACGCGGUCUUGUUCUUGGUCUUGGUCUUGCAAAACUGCAAGAACAAGACCAAGACUGCAAGACCAAGACUGAAUUUGGGCAACACAAAACCCAAUCCAUAAUUGAGUAGAGUAGCCCCUUAAUUAGGUACUUUUUUUAUAAAUCUAAUUUGAAAAGCGGAAGUUAGCCAAAAGCAUACCAAGAGUAAGCUCAUUGAAAUGAUAUAUAGUCUUUAUAGCGAAGUUUUGCAAGUUCCAAAAAACCUACUAUGAGGCGACCUGAAUACAAUUAGGAGGCGAACCUUAAUUUUGAGAAAUAUUCUACAAAUUAUUGUUAUAAUUUCUAGAUCAAAUCCUUUUUUACUCCAAUCAUUGUAUCCGCAAUCAUUGUAAUAAAUACAGUACCGUUGGUUUAUCUUUAACUUAAUCAUCAUCUUAUUUGAAUUAAUAAAUAUUUGUAGAUGACGUAAUUCGCCGAUGUUGCGAUUACCAUAAAUAAAUUGAUCCCUUGAAUUAUGAAAUGCCAUUGGAAAUUUAUUUCAACAAGGAAAUUUACUUCACCCUUUUCUAAUGUUUUGGCAAAAAGCAAUACAUGAUUCGCUAGAACGAAUUUGGUAUCGAGCGAAUCACCUUUGACAUUUGUGUUUAUUUUUAAGACAGUAGCGUAUGCCACAGGAAGAUGUCUGGCUCUGUCUAGAUCUAUUCAUUCAAAUUCAUAUAUGUAUAUAGCUGAAAUUGGCAUAAGCUUAAAUUAGUUUAUCGUCAUAGUAGUCAAAGUAAAAAUUUUAUUAAUUGAAAUUGAUAGCAAUAAUAAUACAACUAUUUUGAACCGUCUAAAUUUUUUCCCCUAUCACCUGUUAUGUACAUUUUUUUUAAACAGGUGAAAAAAAGCUUCGCAGUUUUAAAUUAUGGAACAAUAUUUACAAAAAAAAUAUAUUGUCAACACAAAAUCAAUUAAUAAGAUGCAUUAAUUCAACUUCAAUAUCGUCGACUAGCUUUUUGAUUGAUGUGUUAUACAAUGUAAAUACAAAUAACUUAGUAAUAAAUUAUAAACAAAGCUAACGGAGUUUAUCAGUUCAUGUCUUAGAUUAAAACAAAAGGGUUUUUGUUUUAAUCUAAGAUUCAUGUAUAAAAAAACAUGCAUCAAAACCUAUCUACCCGCCAAAGAAUGAUAUAUGGCUAUACCUCAAUCAACUAUUGGCAAAUACACACCCAUCUUUCCGCUUCAACGAUGGCAAACAGAGUGAGAGUCGAGAAAAUAAAUUUGUUUACUACAUGCCAGCCAGUGUUACGGUGGCUUGACGACAAACAACACGUUCUGUGCGUUUCAAUAAAAAAAAACCGUAGUAAAUUACCACAUGACCGGUAAAGCGCGAGUGGUGCAGUGAUCGAACGAGAGAUAUACAAAGAAGUUGACUACGACAACCAACAAAGAUGGUGUUUUUUCUCAAGAGAUUAACGAAAAGAUGUGCGCAGGUGGCUCUGUCCUGCAACCGCACGUCUCAUCAGACCGCCCUUCGAGGCGCCAGCAAGCCUAUCCCUCAGCUUGCUACUUUGACACCCAAGGCGCGUGCGUUCGUGGAGCGUAGCGCGGCGUUAUGCCAGCCCGAGCACGUGCACGUAUGCGAUGGCUCCGACGUUGAGGCGACUGCGCUGCUCACCCUCAUGCAGCACCAGGGUACGCUGAGGCCGCUGCCCAAGUACCAGAACUGCUGGUUGGCCCGCACCGACCCUGCAGACGUGGCCCGCGUGGAGUCGCGCACCUUCAUCUGCUCGGAACAAGAAAACGACGUCAUACCGGCCGCUCGACUCGGUCAGAAAUCCGCCCUGGGCAACUACAUCGCGCCCGCCGAUUACGAGAAAGUGGUCGCCGAUAGGUUCCCAGGAUGCAUGCGAGGUCGUACUAUGUACGUGAUCCCCUUCUCGAUGGGCCCCGUGGGUUCCCCGCUGUCGAAGAUAGGCAUAGAGAUCACAGAUUCUCCCUACGUCGUCUACUCUAUGAGAGUAAUGACUAGAAUCGGCAGCAAAGUCCUAGAGGCGCUCCGUCAAGAUGAGACAUUCGUGCGGUGCCUUCACGCGGUCGGCUCCGGCGGCGUGCCCGGCUGGCCGUGCGACCCUCAGCGCACUGUCAUCCUUCACAAGCCCAUGGAAAACGAAAUCAUCAGCUACGGCAGUGGAUAUGGCGGCAACAGUCUCCUUGGAAAGAAGUGCUUCGCUCUCCGCUUAGGUUCCGUUCUGGCACGUCGCGAGGGAUGGCUGGCCGAACACAUGCUGAUCCUCGGAAUCACGGACCCUAAAGGCAACAAGCGUUACAUCGCCGCAGCUUUUCCUUCGGCUUGCGGGAAGACCAACCUGGCUAUGAUGACACCCUCCCUCCCCGGGUACAAGGUGGAGUGCGUCGGCGAUGAUAUCGCAUGGAUGAAGUUUGAUAACAACGGCGUACUCAGGGCUAUUAACCCUGAGAAUGGGUUCUUCGGUGUGGCACCAGGCACAUCAGCAGCCACCAACCCCAUAGCUAUGGCGACGAUAUUCAAGGACACCAUAUUCACAAACGUAGCGGAGACUCAGGAAGGUGGAGUGUGGUGGGAAGGCAUGGGAGAUGCACCUAAGAAUAUGACCGACUGGAAGGGACAGCAAUGGAACCCUGAUAAUAAUAUGCCCGCUGCACAUCCCAACUCCAGAUUUUGCACACCUGCAAAUCAAUGCCCGAUAAUAGACAGCAACUGGGAAAGUGCCGAGGGUGUUCCGAUAUCAGCCAUCUUAUUGGGCGGUCGUCGCCCGGCCGGGGUACCCUUAGUCGUUGAAUCGAGAGACUGGAAACAUGGAGUCUUCAUGGGAGCUUCCAUGAGAUCUGAAGCCACUGCUGCCGCCGAGCAUAGCGGCAAAGUUGUGAUGCACGAUCCAUUCGCCAUGCGUCCAUUCUUUGGAUACAACUUUGGUGACUACCUGAAGCACUGGCUGUCGAUGGUACAGCCGAAGAGACAAAUGCCAAAGAUCUUCCAUGUGAAUUGGUUCCGCAAGUCCGACGAGGGUAAAUUCCUCUGGCCUGGCUUCGGUGAAAAUACUCGUGUCCUGGAAUGGGUGCUGCGUCGUUGCGACAAUGAACCGUGCCAUCAAGAAACGCCUCUUGGAUUCAUACCUAAAGAAAGCGAAUUAAACCUUAAGGGUCUCGGAGAUAUUGAUAUGAAACAAUUAUUCAGUAUUCCAAAAGAGUUUUGGAUGAAAGAGGCAGAUGCGAUCGAGAAAUACUUCAGGGAAGAAGUUGGCGAAGAUCUGCCCAAAGAAAUGUGGGAUCAACUAGAACUACUUAGAAAGAAUGUCAGGCAUUCCUAG